CAGUCCUCGGCCUACGCAUGGGACUUUAACACUGGUUAUGUUCUUCACUGCAGGAACCAUUAAGUCUUGAAGAAUAUGCACAAUUAGAGGCUGACAGUAAGUAAGUGACAAUGCCAGCUUGGAAUAAAAUGCUGGUUCUCCAUAUUCUUUUGACUUCCUUGGGCAUCAUCAAAAGUCAGGAUUUUCCAAGUUAUGACCUGCUGGAAGAGUUCCGCCUGUCUGAGUCCAGAGGUGUGAGGCAGGUAGCGGGAUCUGAACCAGAUGCAGUAGCUUACCGAGUUAUUCCCGCCCUCCAACUCCAAAAGAGCAUGAGUGACGUUCACCCAGAAGGCCUGCCUGCUGACUACUCUAUCGUAGCCACUUUCAAGAUGGUCGAGGACAUGGCAAAAGACUCCUGGGACCUCUUGUGGCUCAGUGAUCCUGAGGGCCAGGACCAGGCUGGGCUGCGCAUGCAUGGAGACACCCAAACCUUGGACUUUUUCUACCGUGACACUGGGGGCAUCCAGAGACUGCGAACCUUCGACCAUGUGGAGAGGCUGUUCGAUGGCGAGUGGCACAAGCUGGCACUCAGCAUAAAGGGUGACAGGGCGACGCUGCUUGUGGACUGCGAAGAGGUCGGUGGCGAGCCGUUGGAUAUGCCCAGCCGAGUCAUUCGUCAGGGCCAGGCUUCCAUCGCCAAGAGGGAUACUGGUGGCCCCUCCUUAUCUGUGGACCUGCAGAAGAUGCAUAUCUACUGUGAUGCUGACCAGGCCUAUUCCGAGGGUUGCUGUGAGCUCUCCAAUGUAUGUGGUGGAUACGCUGAAAUUGGACUGACUGUUGGAAGAGGCAGGGCAUCAUGUAGAUGCCUCCAUGGGCAGCCAGGUCCCCAGGGGCAUUCUGGCCCGAAGGGUCACAGAGGCCUGCCAGGAAACCCAGGGGCACCAGGCAGAGUAGGGAACUGGGGGUCACGUGGAGACACUGGAGAAUAUGGAAACAUCGGGGAGCCUGGUUCUAAGGGCGAUCCCGGGAUCAAAGGAGAGAAGGGAAUGAGAGGACUGCAUGGCCUCGAGGGUGACAGAGGCACUAAAGGCUUGAAGGGCUUACCUGGUACUGCAGGCCAUAAGGGAGUGCAAGGACCUCCUGGUGAGAGGGGUGAGACUGGGUUGCUUGGAGACAGGGGUUCACCGGGAGAUCGGGGAUACAAGGGGAUUCCCGGAUACCAGGGAGUGAAGGGAGAUGAGGGCUUCCCCGGCAAUGAAGGACCUUCAGGAUCACGGGGCCUGCAGGGUGUUUUGGGAAACCCUGGUGAGCAGGGAAAAUCUGGAGAAAAAGGAAAGCCUGGCAUUCAAGGUCUAAAAGGAAGAGUUGGAGGCAUGGGAGAGAAGGGCAUCUUUGGUGAUCCAGGUUUGCCUGGCAGAGAUGGCGAUCCAGGAAUUGAGGCAUAUCAAGGAGCACAGGGGCCAGUGGGUAAAAACGGAAGAGUUGGCGAGAGGGGUGAGAAAGGUGCUCUGGGGCCUCCAGGGAACAUGGGCCCUCAAGGACGCCCUGGCCUACAAGGUUACAAGGGCUCUGCUGGAAAACCAGGAAGACCAGGAUUUAUUGGACCCCCAGGAAGAACAGGACAUGUGGGGUUACCUGGAACACCAGGCCCAAAGGGAACCACUGGUAUUCCAGGAAUUCAAGGUGUUAAAGGGCAGAAGGGAGAGAAUGCAAAAAGAGGUUCCAAUGGCAGGGCAGGGGAUAGAGGUGUGCCAGGACCACAGGGAAACCAGGGGAAGCGAGGGCCAGCUGGAGAGCCCGGUCGGAAAGGCAACGUAGGGACCAAGGGCAUCAGAGGAGAUGGCGGGCCAGUGGGAUUUCAGGGACCGCCAGGUCCACCAGGCCCCACGCUCCCUGCCCAGCAUGUUAUAGAGGUCUGCAAGCGUGUGGUACUGGAGCAGAUGUCCACCUUUGCCAACUCUGUAAAGCGAACGUGCGCUGCCGUAUGCCCACUCUACGGUGAUGUGCCCAUGGGUGUCCCUGGUCAUCCGGGACAAAAGGGACCACCUGGACUUCCUGGUGAUCCUGGCACUGAUGGUGUUGCUGGAGAAGUUGGACAACAAGGAUUCUAUGGCGAGCCUGGUGACCCAGGCAAGCAAGGAGAGCAAGGUGAUACAGGUGAAAGAGGAGACAGGGGUCCUAAAGGCUAUGGCUUACCUGGUCACAUUGGAGACCAGGGACAAAAGGGUCAUCGUGGGCGACCUGGUAGAGCUUUUGAUGGGCGUCCUGGUCAGAUGGGAGAAAGAGGCCAUGUUGGUCAGCCAGGACUCAGAGGUCAUUCUGGACUUCCUGGGGUCCCUGGAGUCUGCUUGACCUCAGGAUGUGCUUUACUCAAUGCCACUACCAACGGAGCAUCCCAGCGCUCAUCCCAGCGCUCAUCCCAGCACUCAUCACAGCGUUCACCACAACAUUCACCCCAUCACUCACCUCAACGUUCACCCCAACGCUCACCUGAGUGGGCAUCCCAGAGGUUCAGGACACGCCCAUAAAGGCGGGCAACAAAUACAAAAAUUGUGUGAAUGCUCAGAAAAAAAAACUCUUAAUUGCAUUUGUGUGAAGACAGAAUAAUUAAUGUAAAUAUAUAAAUACAUAUAUACACUCUCCAUUAACAGACUGUAACACACAAAAAAUUAUCCUGUGUGCAACCUCUGAAAAAUAAUAUUAUUUGCAAACAAUAAUAAGUAUUUGAAUUACUAUGUAAAACAAUUAUUCGUUUGGGAUGCCAUAUAGGUUUCUAUCUCUUUAUGUGUUGUUGUGUAAUGAUUGGAUUUUUAAAAAGAAAUUUACAGCACCUUUUUCUUGUGAAAUUUGUCAGUAAAGUCCAUUGGAAAAAAAGUCCAUUGGAAUAGUUGUGUAUAGUCUUUCUAAAUGAUUAUGAUUAUUCACACUGUCUGGCAGCUGCCUCAUAUUUUUAAUGUAUUAUUGCAUUAAUUAGUGGUGUGCUGUGUGGUCAUGUGUACUUAGUGCUUUUGCCUUUAGGGGUCUACAAAAUGAACUAUACUCAUUUACACAAGGAAAGUACAAACUUUCCUUUUGUAAAUUUCCUUUACGUAUUUUGUUGAAAUGAACCUGAUGAACUUUUGAGGCUUAUGAACAUUCACAUCUGACCCCUGUUGUGAAAAGCAACAGAGUGGCCUUAAAACAUAGGACAU